AGACCAGUUUUUGGGUCUCACGAACUGCGAAUACCGAAGUAUUAUCCAAGUAGCCGUCAGUUACCAACCACAGCUUGAGUCGACAGGCAAUAUUACCCAGCCAUGAAGCAGUUUAUAGUUUUGGUCGUUUGUUUAUUGGGAGCAGUUACGGCUGAUGUCUCCCAUCUGGUCACCCCAGAGCCGAAGGUUCCAGCUAGCCCAUAUGUGUUUAGCUACCAGGCUGGUCGAGCUCCCGGACAUGUGGAUCGCCAGCAUACCGAAGUGUCUGAUGGAUCUGGCGUAAUUCGCGGUGCUUUCUCCUAUGUGGAUCCAAAGAACCAGGUGCGAACCGUACAAUAUGUGGCAGAUGAGCAUGGUUUCCAUCCCCAGCUGAGCCACAAACUCGAAGACAGUGCCGCCGUUCAGGCAGCCAAGAAAAGGCAUUUCGAGACUUACAAUCGAAUUGCGCAAGAGCAUGCUAAUCAUGCACCAGGCCAAGUGGCACUAGCCAAUGCUCCGCAUGCCAGUGCAGCCGUUGCACACGCCACUCAGAAACAUCUUAGCGCCUUCGAGCGGAUCGCAGCCGAGCAUGCGGCUAUUGGACGCCAGCAGGAGGCACAGCGUCUGGCACUGGCCGCUCAAUCUGAGCAUGGAGAAAUCGAGGAUGGUCAGUACCAUCCAUAAGAACACCCGUUCCUAAGCAGCCAACUGUAUGACAUGAAAAUAAAGUGAACGAUUCCAGAAAAAUCUA